AUGGAAUUAAUAUCCCUAUUUCGUCUGCUCCAGGGAGCAUCAUGGAUUAGCAUCUUCAGCUGCGGAAUCGGAAUAUUGGUUGGGCUCUGGAUCUUUUCUGUACUUCUGCAACUACUCAACGACCCCCUGGCUGGUAUACCAGGUCCCAUAUACUGUCGCUUUUCACGUCUUCCCUAUGUGUACUGGGUCUGCACAGGACGGCUCGUCUUUCGCAUCAAAGAGCUUCACGACCAAUAUGGAGAAGUUUUCCGCAUUGCACCCGAUGAGGUGCAAUUCAUCCAUCCGGAUGCCUGGAAGGAUAUCUUUGGCCACAAAACCCAAGGUGCAAAGGAGUUCCCCAAGGACCUGAGGUUCUACCCAAUGCCGCCGGGCGGCGUUCGGGACCUCCUAACGGCGGACCACGCCAACCACCCGCGAAUGCGCAGGAUGCUUUCUCCAGCCUUUGCUGAAAAGACGCUGCGGGAACAGGAGACCAUCAUUACCUCGUACGUAGACUUUAUGAUUGGUAAACUGCGAGGAAUGGUCGCCAAACAAGAGGACGGCGGGGUCUACGCCAGGGCAGACAUGGUCAAGUGGUACAACUACCUCAUCUUUGACAUCGUUGGUGAUCUCACCUUUGGAAAGCCCUUUUUCUGUCUGGCAUCCAGCGACUACCACCCAUGGGUGUCGACCAUUUUCUCAAGCACAAAAGGCGCCAUCAUCGCCAACAACGGUGACUACCUCCCGGCCGUCAAAUACCUUGCCAUGUUGCUUUUGGUCAUUUCGAAGCCGCGUCUGGUAAUAGACAGGAUUUCGAGGCUCAAAUACAGCGUCAACCGGACCAGCGAGCGCUUGGCUUCCAAGACUGACAGGCCCGACUUUAUGUCGUAUAUAAUGAAGGGAGCGGACACGGGCCAGGCACUUUCGAAAGAGGAGCUCGACGCCAAUGCCGACCUACUUGUCUUUGCCGGAAGUGAGACCACUUCUACGUUUCUCUCGGGGUGCACCUACUUUGUCCUGAGCAACCCCAAAGUCUACAACCGGCUGGUUGCCGAGAUCCGCGGCUCCUUCAAGAACGAAGAGGAAAUGAAUUUUGUUUCAAUUCAAAGGCUUCCAUACCUCAACGCAGUUAUACAGGAGGCCUUUAGGAUGUACCCACCGAUCCCCGUCGGGCCGCCGCGAAAGGUGCCCGAGGGUGGUGCAAUCGUUCGGGGCAUCAGCUUGCCCGAGAAUACUGCCGUUGCCAUCACGCAGUAUGCAGCGGGCCACUCCAAGACCAACUUUACCGAUCCAUACACCUAUACGCCAGAGCGUUGGCUUCCAGGUGCUGAUGAGCGUUUUGCUGCCGAUCGACGCCGCGCUGUUCAACCGUUUGCGGUUGGCCCACGGAACUGUAUCGGCCAAAACCUCGCUAUCACUGAGAUUCGUUUGACCAUGAUCAAAAUGCUGUGGCAUUUUGAGUUGGAGCUGGCCCCAGAGUGCGCGAAUUGGAACAAGCAGUCCAUCUUUGGUCUUUGGGAAAAACCACCUCUGAUAGUCAAGCUGAGACCUCGGGUACCGCUCGACGUCCCCCUCGGGAUCUACCAGAGACUCGAGGGUGGGGACCUGAAUCGCCUUCAUGGGCCUGGCCUGCAGCAGUGGGUCUAUGGUGGACUCGACGCCUUCCGAGUGGAGGAGGAUGCCGCACUCGACGUUGUGGCUGCGCCUAUGAGCGCGUUCACGCUUCAAAAUUUGGUCAUAGUUCCUGUGAUAGCUCUCGCAAUAACCUUGAUUUACUAUGUCUUUCUUUGCAUCUACAACCUCUACUUCCACCCCCUUGCCAAAUACCCUGGGCCUCGCCUGGCGGCAGCGACUCACUUGUGGCUUAUGAGAGCCUAUCUAAGUGGCAAGGCAUACACUCACAUUCACGAAGCACACAAAAAGUACGGCCCUGUUGUGAGGACGACACCCAACGGCCUGUCGUACAUUAAUGCCAAGCAGUGGAAAGAGAUUUAUGGCCACCAGCCGUCUGGCCACCCCGAGUUCAGCAAGCAGGCGUUUGCAUCCGCAGUAUUCGAGGAGCCGACCCUUCACAAUGCUGACAGGGAAUAUCACGGCUACGUUCGGAGGCUCUUUGCCCAUGGCUUCUCUGAAAAAGCGCUGAAGGGGCAAGAGUCAGUGCUCAAGGAGUAUGUCGACUGGAUGUUUGCAGGAAUCGAGCGGGAAUCUCAGAGCGGUUUAAGCCCGGUAAAUGUGGUGAAUUGGUAUAAUUAUUUGACCUUUGACUUUAUUGGCUUUCUCACCUAUGGGGAAUCAUUCGAAUGCCUAAGAACCUCAUCUUUGCACGACUGGAUCAAGCUCUUCAUGUCAUUUGGGAAAUUGUUGAUCUACGGUCAAGUCCUGCUCCCAGUCCCGCGCCUUUUGAAGAUCCCGGUUGCAUUGCUCCUGAUACCUUCCAAGCUGAGAGAAGAUAGGAAGAGAGCCAGCGCUCUGCAAUCGGAAAAAAUCAAACACCGGCUUUCGAUACAACCAACAAUAACAGAUUUUACAACAAAAAUGGUCGAGGCUUAUAACAACGGAAAAAUGUCAAUGAACCAGCUCGAAGGCAACUCAAUUCUCCUUAUUGGAGCUGGAAGUGAAACCACAGCGACAGCAUUAUCAGGACUUACAUGGCUCCUCAGCCAGAACCCCCAGGUCCUGAAGAAGCUCAAGGCCGAAGUCCGGUCAGCCUUCACCUCGACAGACCAAAUCAACUCGACGGGCGUCAACUCGUGCAAGUACCUGCUCGCGUGCGUUGACGAGGCCCUGCGAGUAUACCCACCGCUGGCGCAGCCGCACUACCGCAUCGUGCCGCGCGGCGGCGCCACGGUCAACGGCGAGUAUCUGCCCGAGGAUGUGGUGGUCAGCGUACCCAAGUACGCUGCCGCCCGCAGCGCCCUCAACUUCCACCGGCCCGACGACUUUUGCCCCGAGAGGUGGCUGGGCGAUGGUGAGAAGGGCGAGUUUGCAAACGACCAGCGGGACGCGUCGCAGCCCUUCUCGGUCGGGCCGAGGGCUUGUAUCGCGAGGAACCUGGCCUACCUCGAAAUCAAGCUCAUCAUUGCCAGGCUGGUCUGGCAGUAUGAUAUUGAAAAUGCUACCGAGGGGGAUUGGUUGGGUAGCCAGAAUCUUUGGCAUCUGUGGGAAAAGGGUCCGCUGUGGUUGAGGUUGAAAGCUGUUGUUCGGUAG